UCAGUCUCUGGACGACUGUCAUGGUCAUGGUAUCUUCAGGAGUUCUGGUGGCGGUCUUCGCCCUCCUGGCGGCAGCGCACGCCGGGCCUCGCCCCAGCAUUACUGAUAUAUUCUCUUGGGGACUGGACUACAUCGGAACAGAAGGCAAGAGCGAGGAAGGUGAUCCCACUCUGGCCACCAGACAAUGUUCUUGUGAAGGACCCGUUUGCAACUGCUGCGUCAACUUCAACGUGAGCUUUGUCGAUCUUGGUGGCCCAGGUUGUGUGAAGCUGAAGUAUCUGUCACAAGAUGAGGGUCUCAUGGUGAACGUUUCUUAUGGCGACAACGUUCUACACAGCGAGCAGGUCAAAGGUCCAAAACCCGAACCCGCCUGCAUGGACUUGUUAUCAGACUUGGCUCAGGUAUGCGCGCGGUUCACCGAACUGAAAGCGGAAGGUGAUGGCCUCAAAGGUUGCACCUUGCUGGAGCCCACACUCCUGGGUGACGCACAGGCCCAAUACCCUGUGGGUUGCUUCAUCAUGGGCUCUGACGGAAUGCGGCUUGAUCCCGACCAUGAGCCAGUUGUCAACGUCACAGAAGAGGAGCAGUCCCCGGAGGAAGAAGAGGAGGAGGAAGGAACCACCGAUAAACCGGACCUGAGUGAAGAGGCGCUGAUAAACGCAGUGAACGAGAGUGCUGAGGAAGGAAUCGCGUGGUUCACAAGCCUCCUGGGAAUCAGUUUCGGGGGCGGCGCGGGCCAGAAGAACCAAACGGAGGCGGCUAACUCGGAGACCGCCACCCCCGCCCUUGCUGCUACAACACCCACCCCCGCAGCGCCGCCUCAACAACGUCAGCGGAGUCUCAACGCUAUUCCUGUCUAGAGGCAGGGAGGAGGUUGAAGUCUAAAUGUAUACUAUUAAAGAUAAGGGCCUGAGUUAGAAUACAUUACGUCACUUAUUAAAGGGGAUAUACGCCCUUGCUAUUAAGUUAUCGUUAUUUUAGUAAUUAUGGUAAUAGUUUUAUAGAAUUUAAAGUAGUUAAGUAUAUCAAAAUUAUAUUUAUUUUCUUACGUAUUAUUUAAAAAACCUUUUUCAGUAAACAAUUUCAAAUUUUCACAUUUAUACUUAAUAUUUGAUACUUAUUAAUUACAUGGAUAUUUGGUGUGCUUUUAUUAUAAUUUUACAAAUAUUUGUAACUACUCCCUAAUUAUUUUGAUUUUUCCUCAUUUAUUACUGGAAGUUAAGUCCCAUAAUAUACUUUUAGUUCCUAUAUACACAUUGGUAUUCUCUGCGUCAUUUUUUUUUACUUAGAAAAUACAUUAUAGUUACACAUAUAACUUACGUAAAGGACGAUAAAAAUUAACACUUUCUCAAAUUAGUAAAAUCUCUUUCCACACAGUGCUAUUAUGCAGAAAGGAGAUCUGUUUAUACAUACUAUAUUUCAUUCUGUACAAUUUAUGGUUACUAUUAAUGUAUGUACAUAGUUAUAUUGUAUACAAGCAUAUUAUGAGUUAAAUGGCCAGUAAGCUAAAAUAACUGUGUUCAUACACAGUAUAAAUUCCUAGUAAAAGUAUCUAAAAAACAAAGUUAUUGUAUUCAGAAAAGUUGAAAUUAGAUUCAUAUAUCUGUAUGGGAUGCAGUACCUAUAAUAACUCUAAGAUAAUUUAAUUAAACGUGUUAUGUAAUGCAAGAUACUAUAUUAUGUAAUAUUAUUUGGAAUUUAUCCAUAUUUUUGAUUAGUUUUGUUUACGAAACUUCUAUCAGUGUAACAGAUGAAAUAAAAAAUCCGAUUUAGUGAAGUUGAAUUGAAUAAUUAAUGUUAGAUUAAUAUUAGAAUAACUGUAUUUAAAAUGUAACCAAAGACUGCAUAUUUAUUUAUUUAUUUAACGUACCAGAAAUGCAUUUACAUUUGUAUGGCUAACUUAUGUACAAAGUAUUGUUAUUUUAUUAAUAAAUCACUGUUAAUGAA